AUGGCCACAGCUACGCCGCCAGGGCUUCCCAUAGAGGUUAUCAACACUAUCAUGGAGAUUGCAGUCGCUACACUUGAUCCCCAAUCUAUUUCAUCGAUAACACUCCUCUCACACCAUUUCCGUAACAUAGCCAACAAACAGCGCUUCUCUAAACUCAAGUUUGACACUGUAACCAUUUGGACCCUUUUCCAAAGACUGGCAAUUCUCGUUGAGGAAGCGGCUGGAUACCCAAUGCGUGGUAUACAAACAUUUAUCACCUCUAUCUACAUACACAUUCCCGAUGACUACGAUCCAGACAAAAUGCAACCCCACAUUACAGUUUUCAACCAUCUAUUCAGAGAUGAUGUCAUACUAUUCUCACCUAUUCGAAAGCUGUCGCUUUAUAUGACCGACGUUGCAGGGUCGUUUAAUAUGGACCCUGCACUGGAUGCAUCAUUAAGGUCGUUGCUAAAGGAAUCACACAUCAACUUCCUGGAGCUGUAUCAUUCAGAGGAAAUUCCUUGCGAUCUUCUUCAUGGAUCAAGAAUUGAACACCUCUCACUGUGGGAUGCGGGUUUAUUAUCCAAACGUUAUAGCGUCCCCAUGGAAUUGGAUCCUGUUGACAUCCACCGAUCUACCACGAUGACGUCAGACCACCUUUAUUAUUUUCCCCCACAUUCCUAA